ACCUGCAAAUGUUUAGUUUCCUCUCAAGAACCCUAAAAGUCUAAACCCCAAGUUGGUGGUGCGAGGACCGAACACGAGCAUUUGAUUUCCUUUUCUUCUUUCGAUCUUGUAGCUUAUACCAGCGAGGAUAAUGGUUACGCCAAUAGUAGCAGGCAUAGCAGUGGCUGCUGCUGCAUAUGCUGGUAAAUAUGGUAUGGAAGCCUGGCAAGCAUUCAAGGCUAGACCCCCGAGGCCUAGAAUGCGCAGAUUUUACGAAGGUGGCUUCCAAUCUACGAUGACCCGGCGAGAAGCUGCACUUAUUCUCGGCGUGAGAGAAAGCACGGCGGCGGAAAAAGUGAAGGAAGCACAUAGGAGAGUGAUGGUGGCUAACCAUCCCGAUGCGGGAGGAAGUCACUACCUCGCUUCCAAGGUCAACGAAGCCAAAGAUUUGAUGCUCGGUCGGUCCAAGGGCGGCGGUUCCGCCUUUUAACCUUACAUUCAUAAAAAAGGAGAGAUUCCGUUGAAAUGGAUUAACGUUCCAUUCAUAAAAAAAAAGGAGAGAUUCCAUUGAGAUGGACAGCUCCCUCUUACUAGUUCCUGAAUCCUUUUUUUUUUGUUCUCUCAUGAAUGCUUCAAGGUCAACAUCCCUUUUAUGUAAAAACAUCAUGUUUCAGGGACCAAAGAAGCUGAAGGCGGUUUUGUAGUGAU